CGCGACUUCUUCUUUCAAGGUGCCCUUUAUAUUGGAUGUCUCUUAGUCACAUCAGAGUGUUCAGCAGUUCAUCUCUGAGCUCUGACUUCUUUGAAUGAAGCCAGAGCUCUGGGUAACAUCUUCAGAGAGAGAGAGAAAGAGGCUCUUGGACCUCCUGAGCACAGGGAGCUCACAGAAUGGUGCGGGAAGGGAAUGCAGAAUCCUGCUUCCGGGUGAGGCUCUGGUGUAUUGCGGUACUUGGCUUAGCCCUCCUCAGUGCAUGCUUCAUUGUGAGCUGUGUGGUGACUUAUUAUUUUACAUAUGGCAACACUGGCAAAAGGCUGUCUGAACUUCACACACAUCAUUCAAAUCUAACCUGCUUCAGUGAAGGGACAAGGGUGACAGAAAAGAUUUGGGGGUGUUGCCCAGGUACCUGGAAGCCGUUCGGUUCCAGCUGCUACUUUAUUUCUUCUGAAGAGAAUUUCUGGGCUAAGAGUGAGCAGAACUGCAUUGGGAUGGGAGCUCACUUGGUGGUGAUCAACACAGAAACAGAGCAGGAUUUCAUUAUCCAGCAGCUGAAUAAAACAUUUUCGUAUUUUCUGGGACUCUCAGACCCACAAGGGAAUGGCAACUGGCAAUGGAUUGAUCAGACUCCUUACAAGGAAAAUGUCAGAUUUUGGCACCAAAAUGAACCCAACUUUUCUGCAGAGGAAUGUGCCUCAGUUGUUUUCUGGGAUGGGAGAGGAUGGGGCUGGAAUGAUGUUUUCUGUGAUUCUAAAAGGAAAUCAAUAUGUGAGAUGAAGAAGAUUUACCUAUGAGUGGAACUUUGUUCACUAACAUCUUUAAAAUUUAGACCCAUUGUAAAAUUAUAAUUUCCUUUUGUAACUUAUGAUAAUUCUCAUCAUAUCAGGUCACGGGGAUAUUCCAAUGCCUUUCUCUCUUCAGUUCGUCCUCUUCUAUUGACCUCUUUUCCACUAAUCUUAGGAUGAACUUUCCUUAAUUUUCUUUUUUGUUUAGUUUGUUAUUCAUUCUUUUCUUCUCUUUUUUCAUACUUCUUUUCAACAUUUGUUGUUCCAGAUAUUGUACUAUUUUGUCUAUUAAAAGGCUUUGUUGUUGUUUAGUUGCUAAA